AUGAAGAUCCUAUUAGCAGUUCUGGUUUCCCUUCCAUUGAUCACAGCUCUAGUAAGGAUCCCUCUGAUUCGAUCUCCAUCUAUCAAGCAACAGCUUCGAGCAAGAGGAGAAUUCUAUCAGUUCAUGAAAGAUCAUCAGGCUGACAUUUUUGCACAAAGAUACCUGCAUUGCUACCCUCCAGAUUCAUUAGUGGGAUUCACAACAGAAAAACUCCAUGAUUACAUGAAUGCUCAGUAUUAUGGAGUGGUGAGUGUUGGCACUCCACCUCAGACAUUCACCGUGGUGUUUGACACUGGCUCCUCCAACUUUUGGAUUCCAUCCUGUUAUUGUACGAGCGAGGCUUGCAAAAACCGUCCAAAUUUCAAGUCAUUUCUUUCACAAACAUAUGUACACGUUGGACAACCUUUUUUUUUACAAUAUGGUACUGGGCAACUGCUGGGCAUCUCUGCCAAAGAAACAGUAAAGAUCAGCAACAUUUCUGUUGAGGCCCAGGACUUUGGCGAGUCAGUCUUUGAGCCUGGCUUGACCUUUGUCUUUGCCCAGUUUGAUGGGGUGAUGGGCUUGGCCUAUCCAUCUUUGGCUGUUGGGAGCGAACUUCCAGUAUUUGACAAUAUGAUGAAACAAGAGCUGCUAGAGGAGCCUGUGUUCUCGUUCAUCUUGAACCGUGGAGACAACAAUGAAGAUGGAGGUGAAUUGAUCCUAGGGGGCAUAGACCAUUCUCUCUACAAAGGAUUCAUUCACUGGGCUAAAGUCACCGAGAAAAAGUACUGGCAAAUUGAAGUCAACAACGUGAAAGUCCAAGGACAACCAGUAUUAUGUUUGGAUGGCUGUAACGCCAUUGUAGAUUCGGGUACUUCUCUCAUUACUGGCCCACUCACAGAAAUAAUCAAACUGCAGCAAUAUAUUGGAGCCACACCAACCCCGUAUGGAGAGUAUGUUAUAGACUGCAGAAGACUAUCCAGCCUGCCUCAGAUAACCUUUACUAUCUCAGGGAAAGAAUUCACUUUAACACCAGAGCAGUAUAUAAUCAAGGAAAGCACAAGAGAGGAACUGGUGUGUGUCUCUGGUUUUCAGGCUAUGGCAGUUGGCAGUGGCGACAUACCAACGUGGAUUCUGGGAGAUGUAUUUAUGUCAGGUUUUUAUUGUAUUUUUGAUCGUGGAAACGACAGAGUUGGAUUUGCAAAACCUGUUCAUAAAAGAAACUUGCUGAAGAAUUAUAGGACUGAUUAG